AUGUACAAGUUCAUUACUUCUGCUGUGACCUUCCUCACAUGCGCUCUUGCUGUCGCGGCUGUUCCUCAAAGGCCCGGGGGCGCCCUUCCUGACCUCCCCGUCAUCACUGACCCUCCCCCGGGCUUCAACAUUACUAGCCUCGGUGUCAACGGCUCGGGAUGCCCCCCGGGUUCGACCUACUAUGUCUUGAGCGUUGACAAGACUGCGGUCACCGUCACUUUCUCUCAGUACUACGCCGAAGUUGGACCCGGCAUCCCGAUCAGUGCCAACCGCAAGAAUUGCCAGCUUACCUUCGGAGUUCAGGUUCCGGGAGGAUUCUCCUUCGGUGUGGCCACUGUUGACUACCGUGGAUACUACCAACUCGACAACAAGGUGACUGCUGCCCAGCAGUCCAUCUACUAUUUCCAAGGACAAAUCCAGCAAGCCACCGCCCGCUCUGACCUUGCUGGCCCCGUCUCCGGCGCCGAUUACACCUACCGCGAUAGCUUCGAUCUCGUCGCGACCGUUCAAAGCCCUUGCGGAGCCGCGACUGUUCUCAACAUUCAGAGCGACCUUCGCGCCAACAAUGCGGGGAACACCAAGGGAAGCGGCUAUAUUGCCACCGAUUCGAUCGACACUGCGCUUAAACAGACCUUCGGAUUCCAGUGGCAGAAGUGCUAG